CUUUCUGGGAAGUGUAGUCGUAAAUGUUUUGGGAGGUCACCUGGUUUCCUAUUGCUAGUCACGAAAUGUAACUAUAAUCAACUCUGGGCGGAAAAACUAGCAGAAUUAACUAUAAUCAACUCUGGGCGGAAAAACUAGCAGAAUCCUUAGCAUUGGAGCGAAGGGCAGAGAAUCCCAGAAGCAUGUGUGUUGGGACCAGGGAACAAACAUACUCAAAAAACUUCAAGAACUUUGAAUCACACUCAUUAAAGAAGAAACAACAGCAAAAACCCAGAACACACACCUUGGGAGCCGAGAAAACAGAAGUCCUCAGUGAAGACCUGUUACAGAUUGAGCGGCGCCUGGAUACAGUGCGGUCGAUGUGCCACCAUUCCCAUAAGCGCCUGAUAGCGUGCUUCCAGGGCCAGCAUGGAACUGACGCAGAGAGGAGACACAAAAAGCUCCCCCUGACAGCUCUGGCUCAGAAUAUGCAAGAGGCAUCCACUCAGCUGGAAGAGUCUCUCCUGGGGAAGAUGCUGGAGACAUGUGGAGAUGCUGAGAAUCAGCUGGCUCUCGAGCUCUCGCAGCAUGAGGUCUUUAUUGAGAAAGAGAUCGUGGACCCUUUGUACGGCAUAGCAGAGGUGGAUAUUCCCAACAUCCAGAAACAGAGGAAACAGCUCGCCAAGCUGGUCUUAGACUGGGAUUCGGUCAGAGCCAGGUGGAACCAAGCUCACAAAUCUUCAGGAGCCAAUUUUCAGGGGCUUCCAUCAAAAAUAGAUACCCUAAAAGAAGAGAUGGAUGAAGCUGGAAAUAAAGUAGAACAGUGCAAGGAUCAACUUGCAGCAGACAUGUACAACUUCAUGGCCAAAGAAGGGGAGUACGGCAAAUUCUUUGUUACGUUAUUAGAAGCCCAAGCAGAUUACCAUAGAAAAGCAUUAGCAGUCUUAGAAAAGGCCCUUCCCGAAAUGCGAGCCCAUCAAGAUAAGUGGGCGGAAAAGCCAGCCUUCGGGACUCCUCUGGAAGAGCACCUGAAGCGGAGCGGGCGGGAGAUCGCACUCCCCAUCGAAGCCUGUGUCAUGUUGCUCCUAGAGACGGGCAUGAAGGAGGAGGGCCUUUUCCGAAUCGGGGCUGGGGCCUCCAAGUUGAAGAAACUGAAAGCUGCUUUAGACUGUUCUACUUCUCAUCUGGAUGAGUUCUACUCAGACCCCCAUGCCGUAGCAGGUGCUUUGAAGUCCUAUUUACGGGAAUUGCCUGAACCUUUGAUGACUUUUAGUCUAUAUGAAGAAUGGACACAAGUUGCAAGUGUGCAGGAUCAAGACAAAAAACUUCAAGAUUUAUGGAGAACAUGUCAGAAGUUGCCACCACAAAAUUUUGUUAACUUUAGGUAUUUAAUCAAGUUCCUUGCAAAGCUUGCUCAGACCAGCGACGUUAACAAAAUGACUCCUAGCAACAUCGCGAUUGUGUUAGGCCCUAACUUGUUAUGGGCCAAAAAUGAAGGAACGCUUGCUGAGAUGGCAGCAGCCACAUCUGUCCACGUGGUGGCCGUGAUUGAGCCCAUCAUUCAGCAUGCUGACUGGUUCUUCCCGGAAGAGAUAGAAUUUAAUGUAUCAGAAGCAUUUGUACCUCUCACCACCCCAAAUUCUAAUCACUCAUCCCACACUGGAAAUGACUCUGACUCGGGGACCCUAGAGAGGAAGCGGCCCGCCAGCAUGGCAGUGAUGGAAGGGGACCUGGUGAAGAAGGAGAGCUUUGGUGUGAAGCUUAUGGACUUCCAGGCCCACCGGCGGGGUGGCACUCUAAAUAGAAAGCACAUAGCCCCUGCUUUCCAGCCACCACUCCCACCCACAGAUGGCAGCACCUUGGCUCCAGCAGGCCCAGAGCCUCCUUCCCAGGGCUCUAGGGCUGAAAGCAGCUCAGGGGGUGGGGCUGUCCCCUCCUCUGCGAGCAUACUGGAGCAGGGGCCAAGCCCAGGCGACAGCAGUCCUCCCAAACCCAAGGAUUCUGUAUCUGCCGCAUCUGCACCAGGGAGAAACAGCAGCCAGAUAAGCACUGGACAAAACCAGGCACAGGCGACUGCCAGCUCCCAUCAGCUCUCUGCAGGCCCCGCACAUGGUGCCGCUGGGCCUAGCCCUCACACGCUGCGCCGAGCUGUUAAAAAACCUGCUCCAGCACCCCCAAAACCAGGAAACCCACCUCCUGGCCAUCCCGGGAGCCAAAGUUCUCCGGGAACAUCUCAGCUUCCACCCAGUCUGUCACCAAAGCCGUCCACCCGAAGUCCUUCCCCUCCUGUCCAGCACACAGGCCAGGCUCCAAGCCAGCCCUCCAGCACCGCCCAGCUCUCUGCACCCCGGAGGUACUCCAGCAGCCUAUCUCCAAUCCAAGCUCCCAGCCACCCGCCACCACAGCCCCCAACCCAGGCCAUGCCGCUGAUGCACUCCAAGCCAAACAGCCAGACCCCACCCAACCCCAUGGCCUUGCCCAGUGAACAUGGACUUGAGCAGCCACCGCACACCCCUCCCCAGACUCCAACGCCCCCCAGUACUCCACCCCUAGGUAAACAGAAUCCUGGCCUGCCAGCUUCUCAGACCCACGCGGUGAAUAACCCCGAGACUGUGCAGCUCCAUGCUGGAACCUUACCAAGACCGAGACCAGUACCAAAGCCAAGGAAUCGACCCAGUGUGCCUCCACCCCCACAUCCUCCUGGUGCCCACUCAGCUGGGGAUGGCAGCCUCACCAAUGCAGUGCCUACAGCUUCCAAAAUAGUAACGGAUGCCCUUCCCAGUGCCCUCUCAGGUGGGGAAGGUUUCCAGGACUAAGACGGAAAUUCUAGGGUUUCUGACCCGCUUCGCAGCAUCUUUCCUGAAAUACACUCAGACUCUGCAAGCAAAGACCUGCCCCCCGGCCGCAUUCUGCUGGACAUAGACAAUGACACGGAAAGUACCGCCCUGUGAAGAAAGCC